AUGUCUGAUAUUGCUGAAAAUAUGUCUAAUUUGUCAGUGCAAGACGAUAACGCUAGAUCUGGUUCUAAUACCGGUGGUAGACGUUCAUACGUUCCUCCUCAUGUGAGAGGUCAACAGAGAAGCGGUAGCGGUAACUACCGUGGUCGUUCUGACAACUUCGGUGGGUCAGAAAGAGGUUCAUACUUUGGUGGUGAUGACAGAAGAGGUGGUGGAUACGGUAGAGGUGGUGGAAGAGGUUCAUUCAACUGGGGCGGCUCUAACUGGGGCGGUAGAGGUGACAGCAGAAACGGUGGUGGUUACGGUGGUAACAACUCUUCUGGUAGAUGGAUCGAUGGUAAGCACGUUCCAGCUCAAAGAAAUGCCAACCUUGAACUAGAGUUGUUUGGUGCAGCCGAAGACAAGAGUUUCCAAUCAUCUGGUAUUAACUUUGACAACUACGACGAUAUCCCAGUCGAAGCAUCCGGUACCGAUGUCCCAGAACCAAUCACUGAGUUCACUUCUCCUCCAUUAGACCCAGUGUUGUUGGAAAAUAUCAACUUGGCUAGAUUCACUAAGCCAACUCCGGUCCAAAAGUACUCCGUUCCAAUCGUUGCCAAUGGUAGAGAUUUGAUGGCUUGUGCUCAAACUGGUUCCGGUAAGACUGGUGGUUUCUUGUUCCCAGUCUUGUCCUCCUCUUUCUCCUCUGGUCCAGCUCCAACCCCAGAAAAUGCGGGCAACUCUUAUAUCAAGAAGGUUUACCCAACCGCCGUUAUUUUGGCUCCAACUAGAGAAUUGGCUACCCAAAUUUACGAUGAAGCCAAGAAGUUCACUUAUAGAUCUUGGGUCAAGCCUAUGGUUGUUUACGGUGGUGCCAGUAUCGAUCAACAGAUCAAGCAAAUGAGAUACGGUUGUAACUUGUUAGUCGCCACCCCAGGUCGUUUGACUGAUUUGUUGGAACGUCGUUACAUCUCCUUGGCCAACGUUAAGUAUUUGGUUUUAGAUGAAGCUGAUAGAAUGUUGGAUAUGGGUUUCGAACCUCAAAUCAGAAGAAUCGUCGAAGGUUCCGACAUGCCAAGCGUCGAAAACAGACAAACAUUAAUGUUUUCCGCCACUUUCCCAAGUGAAAUUCAACACUUGGCCUCCGACUUUUUGAAGGAUUACAUCUUCUUGUCUGUCGGUAGGGUCGGUUCUACUUCCGAAAACAUUACUCAAAAGAUUCUAUACGUCGAAGACUUUGACAAGAACGAUACCUUGUUGGAUUUGCUAUCUGCUGAUGCCGAUGGUUUGACUUUGAUUUUCGUCGAAACAAAGAGAGCUGCUGACUCCUUGACUGACUUCUUGAUUAUGGAAGGUUUCAAGGCUACUGCUAUUCACGGUGACCGUACCCAAGGUGAACGUGAGCGUGCAUUGUCCGCUUUCAAGACUGGUAGAGCCACUAUCUUGGUUGCUACUGCUGUCGCUGCCAGAGGUUUGGAUAUUCCAAACGUUACCCACGUCAUUAACUUCGAUUUGCCAAACGAUAUUGAUGAUUAUGUCCACAGAAUUGGUAGAACUGGUCGUGCCGGUAACACCGGUGUUGCCACUGCAUUCUUCAACCGUGGUAACAAGAAUGUUGCUAAGGAUUUGGUAAACUUAUUGUCCGAAGCCAACCAAGAGGUUCCUUCCUUCUUGACCACUAUCAUGAGAGAAGCUUCUUCAGGUAGAGGUGGCGGUAGAGGUGGUUCCAGAGGUGGUUACUCCCGUGGUAGCGGAACUAGAGAUUUCCGUCGUGGUGGUGCUUCCAACGGUGGUGGCUUCAGCAAUGGCGGUGGCUUCGGUAACAGCAGCGGCGGUGGCUGGGGCAACUCUUCCAGUAACUGGGGUUCUUCAAACAACUCUUCUAGUUCCAACUCUGGUUGGUGGUGA